AUGAGUAAUUUCCUGUCUUGUAGCUUCUGUCUGAAAGGAGAGGGUCUGGACGGCAGCUGCCCCGCGGUGAUCGACUACACGCCGUACCUGAAGUUCGCUCAGAAUGCAGAGAGCAUCAGCAGUGACGAGGAGGAGAUGAGGACUCUGGGAAGCAGUGGCAGCGAGAGCAGCACCCCCGACAAAACGGCCACUGCCGCCUCCAUCUUCACUGAGCAGAGCAACUUGGUCAGCAAGUGCAAACGCUUUGAGCAGAAGUACCGAACAUCACUGGAGCAGAAGGGUUACCUGGAAGAGCUGGUGCGUCUCCGAGAAGCCCAGCUGUCGAAGGCCGUGUCUCAUAACAAAGCUCUUCAGCAGAGCCUAGCAGACACACACCUCACACACAAUCUGGAAAAAGAGCAGCUUGAGUACAUCAUACUGGAACUACAGAACCAACUGACGGUGCUGAAAAACAAUGAUUUGCGGUCCAGACAAGAGCUGACAGCCCACCUGACCAAUCAGUGGCCAUCUCCUGUCGCCUUGGAUACCAACGCUGUCGCCUUGGACACGCUGCUGUACAGGAAGAGCACGGGACAGUGGGAGGAGUAUGUACUAAGAGUUCACAUCUUCUAG